UCUUGGUUCAGAAAUUAUAAAGGAUACAUAAACUUCUUUCUGCCGUUAGGAAAUAGCUUUUUUACCCUUGGAUCUAUGACGUUAAGAACUGGAAGAUUGGGUUAGAAUUAAAGAUGCUAAAAUAUCGAAUUACCCUAGUUGACACAGUGAAGAUGUGAUCAUGUGAAAAGAAUUUAAUCACACUGUGUUCUGUUCUGUAAUGUUCUCUACAAGUCAUCUUUACCCAUAAACAAAAAUUUAACGUAACUAAAAUUUAUUUCAUGUACUAUAGUACUAGAUUAUUAAAUUUGGGCUUGAUUAAUACUUGACUGGGCUUAGGGAUGUUUAGUCAUUAAACUAGGCUAGCUAAAAAAUGUCGAAGGAGUGAGUUUGGAUUUAUAUACCGAACCUAGCUAGGGUUUUGCUUUAACCUUGCGUCCUUGCUUACGACUAUUUGUUUGGUUCCUGAGAAUCUCAUAUACCUUGUUCGUCACUUUGAUGUUUUUAGGGUUUCAGAUUUCUCCGGAUGCCUGAAAGCUCUUAAUUAUGGACAGAAUAAGUCAGUUGCAUGAUGAGCUUCUCUUGGGAAUAUUGUCGUUACUUCCUAAUACUAAAGAUGUUGUGGCAACAAUGGUUUUGUCAAAACGGUGGCGAUAUCUUUGGAUGAUGGUGCCAAGGCUUGUGUACGAUGAUAGCUAUCCAAAAAUUGAUUAUGAAAGAUUUUCGACCUUUGUAGACAGGUCUUUGAUUUUGCACAAGGCUCCAGUUAUAGAAACUCUGCAUUUCAAACUUGGUCAUAUCUGUGGUAGUGGAGAUACUCUGAUUAGAGCUGCAGAGAAAUGUUGUGUGCGUCAACUGAUUAUCGAAGUUGAUACUUCUUCAAAUAGUGAAACUCCAGUCGUGCUUCCAAGGAGCUUUUAUAAUGGAGGAUGUAGAAUGCUUGCGACCUUGAAAUUAACUAAUGCGGUUCUAGUGGAUGUUUCUACCCCAAUUUCUUUCCCAUCCCUAAGAAAGUUAGUUCUUAAAUCCGUGACGUACCCAGGUGAUGAAUUUUUCAGCAAGCUUUUAGCCAGUUGUCCUGUUCUUGAAUACUUGAGUGUGCAGCAAUGUGAAGACGACAAUGUUUCCAUUUUGAGCAUUAGAGUGCCUUCCCUAAAGCAUUUAUUCUUGUAUAGACACUUAAUAGUUGGUAACGUUGGUGAGGGGUUUGUGAUAGAUACUCCUUCUUUGGAACACUUGAAGAUAGUUGAUUAUUCGUAUGGGUCUCGUGUCGUUAAGAAUACUAUGAGUAGGAUUAUCACCGCAAGUAUCGACAUUUUUUCUCCCCAAACUAAGCAGCUUUUGGGCUCUCUAACUUCAGCCAAACGUCUUUUUCUCUGCUUACCAACCUCGAAGGAUGCGUAUCCUGUUGGUAGUAUAUUCCGCUCUCUUAUACAUUUGACUAUAUGCACAUGUGAGACAGAAUGGUUGAACGUCCUUAUACGUGUGCUCAGAGAUUCCCCUAGUUUAAAAACUCUCAAAAUUGUACAG